AUGCUCCUUCUGGUUUGCAUCUGUCCUUCUGGAAGCCUCGCCAGCUUUGAUGAUUUCAUCGAACACAUCGUUAACUCUCCAGGCUACUUUGAUGAGCUCACAAGGGCGGAGUACAAGACCGCGGUAAGGCGAAUAUGUGAACACCUCCAGCUAGAAUCCCUCGGUGGUAGGGUGUUGAAACGUAAGAGCAGUCGCAUUCUGCCUAACCCCAACACCUGGGACGUCCUGCUCUUUCCCUCCCUGGUCCGGGUCGCAGUGGAGAUGCCCUCCAAGGAGAUUCGAGCUUUAGCCUUUGAGAAUCCCUUCACAGCUCACCGCGUAGCUCGAGUCGCCAUCCACUGGCCUGAGAUGAGGACGAUCCAGGAGUUCGUAGUGGAUGUGGGGGUUUCGGAGGUGAGCAAUAUUCAAAUGGUCCGGGAAAUGCCCGACCACAGGAGACCCCUCAGUGCUCUAGAGCUCCAGGCCUUGGAUGACUUUGUGGCCAACGUCUCCCUCGUGUGGGAGGACCUACUGAAGGAGUACUACGCAGCCGGGUAUCAUCUGGCCGCACCAAAACGAUCUGGUGGAGGUCUGUGGAGCUCGAGGGAAAACUACUGCACAGCCCGACGUAGACUGAUUGCCAGCGAAGCCGAGAAUGUGGACCAGCCAUUCUGCUUGACUGCAAUUCCUUCCACUGUCUUGAGGACGCAAAUGGACCCGGAGAAGAGGAGCGUGAUGAUACGCCUGGAACGAAUAACCUCCUCUCACUUUCAAAAUCCCACGGAUAUCCGGCUUAGGGUGAGUCUUGCCAUGUGUGAGUUCUGUGUGCUGUUAGAGAUGAGUAGUUGAAACCCCAAGUUGUUUCAAAAACCAAACUGUAGAAUAUUGACGGCUCCUUAGGGCUUUAGGUGGGAUUGUAAUUAAAAUCGAUUUAUGAUCCCACACACACGACGUAUAAAUGCAAAUGUGUCCGAUUAUGUUCCAUCGUCUGCUCUACAGUGAGGUGAAGCAGGCACGGCGAAUGAACGUUAUUCGGUUGAUCGCCGAUCCCGUAGUUGCGAUAUCUAACACGAAUGACCUAGUCACAGUUCAUUAAGUCUUGGAAAUAAAAUAGAAUUCCAAAGAUAUAGGUUCAUGGGUAAUGAACCUAAUGAUACAGUGGGCUGCGGCAUACGACGGAAGAAAUCCGACCUAUGCAAACAGCUGGGUCACGUAGUCAACCUAAGCUUGCCCUGGCAAAUCUCAGCCUUUUGAUUUUCACACUUCCUUUGCAUGCUUCCCCAUUUUCUUUCAAAAAUCGUCUUUUUAAGCUACUAUUUUCAUUGAUUAGUCGACGUGCAUCAAACGAUGACCUUGCUGUUUUGUAUUGAUUUUUUCUGUGGAAAUCCAAAUCUCGGUAUAUUUCUUAUUCGUUAUCUCUGUUAUGCAGCGACAGGUUGCGGUGGAUAAGCCGUCGCAAAAUUUGCUGAUUCCAAUAAAUUCAACUGUGUACGCCUGUAACGGAACCGCCUUGAAUAAUCAUAACCCUAACCACCAGAGGGGAAGAGAAACACAAGCAUGCGCCCACACAUGGGGCAAAGACAGUCCACAGACUGGGCCUUUCAGAUGAACCGACAGCACUGCAUUGAACCGAAGUCCGCAGGUGCCUUAGAACAUACUUCUGUUAACUCGAAACUCCUAGUUCGGAUGCGUCAAUUGAUUUCUGAAAACCUAAAACAACCUGGAGGACAUUGGUGGGGAAAUAGAUGGGUCGAGACCAUAAGAGCUGCAUCAGAUGAACGCAGAAGUACGCUUGUGGGUUUUCGGUUGCGGAGGCUAUAGCAAUAAAACUCGCUAAGGGGGGAAUGAUGCAAAAUAGUAGCUUUGCUAAUGAAAUUUUACAUGUCAUACUUUUUUUCCUCAGAUCGAUAUUUCCAAGAAUGACUACAAGGCCUGGAGGAUCACUGACAUUUGGCUGCAAAACAGACACUUCAGCACUAUUGCACAAUUGAGGCAAGCAAUUCAGACCAAACAUAUCUCCAUGCGAGCCUAUGUAUUCAAUCCACUCGCGUCCACCCACGCCUCUUCCAAACACCAUCCUACGUCAGUCCAAGAACAGCACACGAAGGGCGAUGACGAGGAACACCUUUUCAGGGACAGUCCUGCACCCAAAUUCCCGGGAAGUGUAAGAAACAAGUUUGUGCGGUAUGGACACUGGAGCUUCUAUGUUGGCGUGCAGAGGGACACUGGCGUGCGUUUCUUUGACAUACGCUUCGAUUCCCGCCUCAUGGUGGCUGAGGCGGGCUUGGAGGAAAUUGUAACCAUCUACCACGGUGACAAUCCCCUCGCCGAUCGGACAGUCUCCCUCGCCUCCGUCCAGGGCAUCGGCGAGAUGUGGUCGGAGUUGAGUCCCGGAGUGGACUGCCCAGUAGACGCAGUCUACCUCAGUGUCCCGAUGGUAGGUGACCCCACGAACGGGCCCUUCACCAUCAGACGCGGUCUCUGUCUGUUCGAGUCGGAUGCACCGACACACGGCGGUGCCAAUAGACGAUUCUUCGGCCUCUCUGAGGGGGCCGAUGGCAGUGAGGGCUCGGAGGCUCCUGCCGGGUAUGCUUCUGGUAUGCAUGAACCCUCGCUACUCGUGGUGGGUAUCGCGACGCUCCUCAACAAUCAGUACCGUUUCACCACAGUUUUUACACCCGCUGGAGGCAUUGAUAUGCAUGUGACGCCCACAACAUACGUGCACUUUGAUUUGCCCAUGCGUGACGGCUUUACACCAGCCUUUUCAGAGCCUGCCCUGCAGACAACCAACUUCCUCUUCUACCUCGACCUGGACGUGAUUUCGGAGAGAAACACCGUCGAGGAGCUGAGAGCAGGUUCUACGCGAGAUCCGCUCGCGGAAAUGUCCAUGUAUCGACGAUUGGUGCACUCGGAGGAGGAGGAGCCUGCAACUAAUGUAGGGCAGAAUACUGUGGUAAAGCAUACUCUGGUGUGCAGUGAAGUGGGAGGCAAACAUCGCUGUAUGCAGGUGUCCUUUUCCACUCAAACGCCGGUUCUUUUUAACGAAGAAAAUACGGAGGCCUUCUCGUGGAUCAGGUGAGUCUGUGCGGGCGUACCUUGCGUCUUGUAUACGAGCAUUUAUUGGAGACUAAAGUCAGCAAAACUCAUAAACGGCCUUGCAGGACAUCGAGGCGUCUUCACGUGUGGAUCUCCAACGACUGUCUUAAGAUUGUGUGGUACACGCCUUAAGGGUUAAGUUGCAUGUGGCGCGCGCGUAGACAGACUGUUUUGUCAUCAUAGUCGCUGCGCCCGAGUCAUCCUCUGAGCGUCUUACCAUCAGAGAGAGGUGGCUGGGAGAAGAGCGAGUGCAGUAGAUGCUCUACAAGUCUGCCUCACCAUAAAGUUCUUCACGCACUGAUGCACGCGGUGGACUCCGUCACUUGCGACGACUGGACCGUCACUUCAGUGCCGUUUGGGGCGAUUCCAUACAAAAAACCGACAGACAGGACGUCUCAACUGUCAGAAAAUCCCUAUUUGAGGGUAGAGUGUGACCCGAGUGCCCAGUAGCCAAAUAGUUUACCCACGGCCGGCUGAAGAUUACAAAAAAGCCAGAAAUGGCCAUUCCUCUAGGCCGUCUGUCCCCUCCGAGACCCAGUGAACAGCAGCCAUGGUCCUCCUUUCAUGCCAGGCUUCACAGACCCUUCCAUGUCACUUCGUUUACAGUUCAAAAAGGCGCGAAUAAGGUGCUUUCAACACUGUCUCGUGGUGCGUGCCACCAGCCGUAGUAAAAACAUACGCCUGCAACCGUUAAAUUAGUGUGGGGCUAGGACACUGGAUUGUUGCUUAAGCGUGAACUUUCAACGGCAGAUCUGUCGACAAAAUCAGAGCAGCGAACAGGCGCCAUGUAUGCAAAACGUAAGAGCGCGCAGAAACUGCCGACUAGCAUUUGGUGGCCGGCUGAUGAAAUCCCCUGUCUUCUCAGUUUCCUAGGAGUAACUUAACACUGCGAACUCAACAGGCGGGGUUUGAAGCUCCUGCCCGGGGUUCCGCAUACUGUCAACGUUUACACUGAACACUCCACAGUUAUUGUGCUCAUGAAUCAACAGAAGCGGUAGUACUUCUCACCACCUUAUUACUCCUCUGAGUCAUUCAAUUUAAACCAAUCAACAGCAACGGCAGUCUAGUGAAAGAAAAUUCUAAGAAAGCGUGAAGAUCUAGGAUAUUUAAAGGAAAAAGAAAGGAUAAUGUCUUCUUUGGCUUUCAUCUCAUUUAUGAGGAAUCGUAAAAGGGGCAAGUCGAAGCGACGUAAUUCCUCCGAUGAACCUCCGUUCGGCUUCAAGGUCGAGGUCACCUCGUACUCUGAAAUUGGUUAGUUAGUUCUGAGAGAUGGAGAAUUUGAAGAGGAGCACUCACCGACAGCGCUACGGAACUCACUCGUCCAAUUAUUUAUUGAGACUCCCUCUCGAACCCUGCCAGCAGCCGCACAGCAACGCAUGAUAUAGGCAGAAUGAUAUUGCCGACGAAGACAAGGGAGACUGGAAUGGCCACUUCUGACUUGUUAGCCGUCGUCAGCCAGCCAUACCCCAAGCCCGAAGUGUGGAACACCCGAGCCUCGAACUCGCGAUCUGUUGGUUUAGAAGUCCACGCCUCUACCCACCGGGCCACGAGCCCGUUGCCCUGUCGGUUUUCGAUCGGGAAUAUACAAUGUUAGGGGGCGCUCACCGAUCGUUCAUGCGGAACUCACUCGUUCCGUUGUGCCUUAUGGACUCUCUCUCGAGCCCAACCAGCAGCCGCACAGUGGCGCAUGAUAUAUAGGCAGAAUGGUAUUACCGACAAAGACAAGCGAGACUGGAAUGGCCAUUUCUGGCUUAUUAGCCAUCGUCAGCCAGUCAUACCCGGCCCCGAAGUGCGGAACACCCGAGGCUCGAACUCGCGACCUGUUAGUUAGAAGUCCACACCUCUAACGACUGGGCCACGAGUCCGUCGCCCUGUCAGUUGACGACGGCUAAUAAGCCAGAAUGGCAUUAUCAGCAAAGUCAGGGAAGACUGAAAUAGCCAUUUAUGGCCCAGUAGUCGUCUUCAGCCAGUCAUACCCAACUACAAGUCGCGCAAGCCCUGGGGUCCAAUCUCGCGGCCUGUUAGUUUGAAGUCCAAAGCCCUGACCACUGAGUCACGGGCUCGUUGUCUAUUGGCGGAUUUGGCGACCACAUCGUGCUAACCGCUUUCUACUCUGAUGUGUGGACAAAGGGUUUGUUUCAGACUUCAAGCAGACUCAUUUUGAUUUAUUUUCGUUAGAAAAGGCCUUUGGGUCAGCCGUUACCACGAGGACGAGAUGCGAGGCUCCUCCGUGUACAAUGGUGUGGAUAUAUCCCAACCUUUAGUGAAUUUCGGCAGCUUCACUGAAAACAACGAGUCCAUCCAUAAUGAAGUGAGUUCUUCAAAAAGAGGUGGACUUUUAAACCUUUGGCACAUAUACUGCUUUCUUAGAAAUCCUUUAAAUUAAUCUUCGCAUAGAAAGCUCUCCCAGUAGUCUCAAGUAGAGUAUUUAGCUUUAUGUUUGGAUUCAUCACAGACCGCUGCAAGACUUAGUCAUUCCAUCACUUUAAGAGUGCCCUAUAGCAGCUUUUAGACGGCGACCAAAGUGGCCAAGGUAGCCCGAGACUGACAAGUGCUCAAGCGUUUCUUCUGACCGACUGCCUGGACUUUGAGUGAUAUCGGGGAGAGUCCAGCCAUUUCGCUCAGUAUGUUUUAACUCAUGCAAAGCCUCUGAGUGCGCAUAACAUCCGGUCGUUCAUGCGCCCGCGGAAUCUGGAUGGGUAGAUGUGGGGAGGGUUCACAGAAACUGUAAGAAUAGAAACUCAUUGGAUUCUUCAAUCGGAUUAUUCGGCGUCAGGGAUUUGAUCAGAGUAAACUGACUACUUAGGUAUGGCAAAUGGCAUGUUUGCCCACACGGGGCAGCUUAUGUGGAGUCUGGCUCUCAGAGAGUCGUUUGUAAAAAGCAUGCAAUUCCCAGACAUCACUCUACAUCCUCUACUUCCAGGAGUUUGAACUCAUCGUGACCCACACAAGCGAGCAGACGGAAAGAUCGGUUGUAAGAAACCAUCUAAAUGCAAAUACUCUUAUAUCAUCUGUCGACCGAGUUCGGAAAUUCUCCAAGUCUCCCCUCAAUGAAGUUUUAUCUGACCUAUUUGUAUGUUGUUCCGUAACCUCUUUGUUUUUUCCCCCCAUCCACCUGCCCUGAACUUGUUUGUUUGGCCACUUACUCGAUUCUGACCUUGAGUCUGAAGGUCGCCGCCUUACUUUAAAUAGUUUCUGUGCACACGCGCGGCCCACGUCCGCGGGCUUGCGCUUGGAGUUCGGCCGAAUCAUCUGCUGUAUGAAAGCAUCCCAAGUAACCGAAGGACACCGAAAUGUCGGUUAUAUACUUCGUCUUCAGUAAUCUUCUCGACUUCCAACCGCCCGUUAACUGUCCCUUGUCUUUAUAUAGGACGUGGUCAUUUGGGCUAAUUUAGCCUCACUCCACGUGCCCUCGAGAGAAGACUAUCCGCACACAUUCAUGUCGACCUCGAGCCAACGAAUCACCCUCAAACCCGUAAACUUCUUCAGUUACUCGCCCGACCAUUUUUCCCACCGGCAAGUAUUUACGGAAUCUGUAAGUCCCCCAGUCCUCCUUGCCUACUCUUUGCUCUGUUAGACGGUCUCAACAAAACAGAGCCGUUCUCCUCAAAGUAAGGUAUUUUUUCUUGAUAUCCCUGUAACAUUCUCUUCAGGGGAUUCCAGAUACUGAAAGAACAGACAAAUUCUCCUGUCUCUCGCAACAAGCUUUCCGUCGAAACACCGCUCUUCGUUCGUGACUAUGGAACUGGGUACCCAGACUGGAUUGAGGCAACCGUGGUAGCGCACAGAGGCAGUGUGUUGUUUGAUGUCGACAUAGGAUAGGAGCAUGCUUGGUUUACCUCGUUAACGUAGUCAUUCUAGAUACUGGAAGAGCUAUUUAAAAUAGAUCUUGGAGAUCAAGCGAACAUUCACUCUCCUCAGUGUGGAGCGAAAAAUGAUGUGACUGUUCCUUCCAAAAAACACUGCUAUUUGAGCCGACAACGGGAGCUUCUUUACGUUUUAUUUUAUUGUUUAAGUGGACGGUACCGAAACUUUAGACCCCCACCCGCUACUCAGUGCGUCAAAACCCCUAAAAUGGUACUCACACCGGCAUGCUACGCUCUCAUUGCUACUUUUGUCAUAUCAGUAGACGAACUUUAUAGGUACUAGUUCGACAGAUCUAGGCAGGCCUGCAGAACGACUUUGCAGGAAACCCAUUUGCAAGCACAGUGAGUGACCGAUCUCAUGAAAUGCUGGCCGAAAUUCUGAGACAAGUUUUCGAUUUGGAAGGAUUACUUGGGUGAGGUUGUAAUACUGAUUAUCGUGUGGCAUACUCUUAUAAUUGGGGCGUCAUUUGCGUUGAGUAUUUUUUUUACUGUCACGUGUGUACUCCUUGCAGCCUAUUAUGCAUGGUCGUUAAUUAGCUACGAUAUGCCUCCACCGAAUGUAUACAGUUGCUCAAUUGUGGAGUGAGUUUUUAGGGAUUAAACGAUUGCCAGAUCACCUAUGAAGGCCAUUUAAUUGUCGCAAACCCCGCCCUUUGCAGAGAAUGGAGUACUGACAAACAAAAUGGAGACUGGAAUGACGGUUUCUGACUUAUUAGCUGUCGAUGGCCAGGCCUAAAUAACCUAGGACGCAGGGCCUGACAUUUUGGUCAUUGCGGUUAAGCCGACCAGCGCUCUGCCAGGAGCCAGCUGUCCUGUUGGUUGUGAUCGAAAAUAUGAAUUCGUGUGGGGGAGGGGCCUUCGCUGAUCGCGUUACAGGGUAUGCUCAUCCUCUAAUCUGGCCGACGAAUGGCUUUAAGCGUACUUUAUUAAAUGUAUUCGAACUUAUUGUGCACGCUGAUAUAACCACUUAUCAUCCACUAGUGGGCAAAGCUAAUACGCCUUUUGCAUUCAUAAAGUGGCAGGGUCGUCAGUGCCUUAUCGUGGACAUUGUUCGCGGUUUAAAGGGAAGUGGCGGACGGUUGGUGUCUCACUAAUAAUGCUAAUUAUUAUCCAUUUCAUCUCCACGCCUUGUUAUCGUGGAAAAUCGACAAGACAACAUUCUAAAGACGAAUAUGCAUCCGUGGAGCAAUUAUUUACAUUGCGUGACCGAUCUCAUGAAAUGGUCGCCGAAAUUCUGCAAUGCGUUUUCGAUUGGGAAGAAUUACUUCGGUGGGGUUGUAAUAUUGAUCAGCAUGCAUGCAUGCAUGAUUCAAUAGUAUUUUGGACUUGGUAGGAUGUCGGCUUUUGAAUGCACUUCUUUUCAAUCUGCUGCAGUAACCACACUCGGUAAAAAAUGACUACUUACGUAGCAUGCAUUUUUCGCAUUAAAUUUCGAUGGUUAUCUAAAUGAAAAUAUAUUUUAUAGGAAACAUGCAUAAAAAGAUGCUUUCUUCUAUUUGUUUGGUGGCAAAUCACGUCGGCUUUACAUGUUAUGUUUGAAGAGAGGGUAUAUUUAGGUUUUGGAAAAGUUUUUAACUGCGCGAUUUGUCAGACCGCGCAGUGAACAUUCAUCGUACCUGUCUGUUUACCAAUGCUCUUUAUGAAAUAGAUAACAUGGUCCACACUCAUUGUAAAAUUUCAUGAACUAUAAAUGGUAUCUUUUAAAGGCAUAGAGAAAUAAACGAUUUUCCUUACGCGGGAACCAUGCGCCUUGUAGACUGAAAUAGCUAAAUGCUAAUGUAACGGUUGACAAAGCUCAAAAUUAUUCGGGAAUUGGAAAACUUUUCCAAAACCUAAACAUACCCCGUAUUUAAAAAUACAACGUAAAGCGGACGUGAUUUACCGCCAAAAAAAUAGAAGAAAGCACAUUUUUAUGCAUGUUUCGUAUAAAAUAUAUUUUGAUUUAGAUGACCAAUGAAAAUCAAUGCGAAAAAUGCAUGCUACAUAAGUAGUCAUUUUUUACCGAGUGUGGUUCCCGCAGGAGAUCGAAAAGAAGUGCAGUCAAAAGCCGAUAUCCUACUGAGUCCGAAAUAUUACCAUAUUAUGCCGCACGAUAAUCAAUAUUACAACCUCACCUAAGUAAUCCUUCCAAAUCGAAAACAUAUUUCAGAAUUUCGGCCAACAUUUCAUGAGAUCGGUCAUUCACUGUAUAUGCCUUUACGGGAGCAUGCUGGCUAUUGAAGCAGCAUCUUGCUAGCCGGAGGAAACUGCAUAAGGGUUGCGUACUUCCGUACUGAUUUUCUGUAGUCAAAAUACCUCAAUCUGUGUAGGUCAAUUUGCGUACUUUGUGACUUUCAUAACUUUCAAUCUCAGGAUAGUGGGUCUUAUGUGGUUCGUGCGAGCGUCAUGGGAGAUAUCUUGUUUGCAGAUUUUAAAACAUCAAAAUAUUUUAAGUUCAGUUCGGCAUAAAAUGCGCCCGAACACUUUAUUUAACACAUAUUUUCUACAGAACAUGACUAAGUAUACACGGACGUCGGUGUCAACGAAAAAACUGUGCACUAUCUGAUUAGUAUUAGUAGCUAAUAGAAGCCCAGUGGAUAUUGCCACAAAGUGACCUGAGAUCGUUUCUAAUUGGUGAGCCCUGCAACCUCCCUUAAGCAAUCCUGUUCUUUUGGAGGCACAUAAACAGGUUCGGGUAGUGUUUCGUCAGUUCUGAAGCAUGUGAAUGCAGCUGAGUCAGAAUCCCAGAGUCAGGCGGUGUAGUGGAAAAUGCUUCAAUGAGCACGGGAAUACUUCUCAUUCGCCGAGCACGGCAUGGUGUGUAUCAAACAAAUCGGUGUCCCUCCCCCGUCCAUUUUUGGAACGGAGUUCUAAGGUAGAUUCGUUGAACUCCGAACCGCUCCUUUUAAACGGCAAAAACCCUAGAGAGGGCAUUAGCGCUUGUAUGCGACCGCAACCUUCACCUAGGCGCGUCAAAAUCGGUAAACUUCCAGGUCAUCUGGUCAAUUCCUCCCCCCCCCCGAGCUCCUUUGGCCCCCACGGACUAUCUGUCUACAUUGGUAACCGUGCCACCGCCGACAGGACAGGAGUUCGGUUGUUCAGGUGGUAAGAGCGUUCGACGUAAACGUUCAACGGUCACGGCCCCCCUCCCCCCUACCCGCUGGCCCGCCACUGCACGCAAUCAUUGAGUGCGCGACAGUACCCCGACUAGGGGGAGUGUCCCGCGGGUCGAUGGAGGCCAAGAAGUCGGAAGAAAGUCAUUCUGGAAACCUCUUCCAAAGCCUGAUCGCGCAAGCAGUACAUUUGAUGUGUGCUUUUAUUUACGGUGUACUUGUAUCCACCUCUUUUCUUCCAGUUUUCAGCCUGGCUCAGGGGAUACUUGAUGGAGACAACGAUGACGCCAGCAAAUGCAUAG